CCGACCCGGUAUCCGGGUAAAAUGGCCGCAAUCGGAGAGUGCUCGCUCCCUGCUCCCUGGCGGCCGGUGUCUCUCACCCAUGUCGAGUAUCUUGCAGGUGAUUUCUCUGGUCAGCUCUUAGCCUACUUGAGUCUCUGUCCAAUUUUCAUCAUAGUCGGCUUUGUUACACUCAUCAUAUUCAAGAGAGAGCUUCAUACGAUAUCUUUCUUAGGGGGGCUGGCAUUCAACGAAGGAGUGAACUGGCUAAUAAAGAAUAUUAUCCGUGAGCCACGGCCCUGUGAAGAAGCCCAUUCAACGGUGACUACAAAAUAUGGGAUGCCAUCCAGUCACUCUCAGUUCAUGUGGUUUUUCUCUGUUUACUCGUUCCUGUUCCUUUAUUUAAGAAUGCACCAAACAAACAAUGCCAGGUUUCUGGAUUUACUGUGGCGACACGUCCUAUCCAUCUGCCUUGUCACAGUGGCCUUUCUAGUCUCAUAUAGUAGGGUCUAUCUGCUCUACCACACCUGGAGCCAGGUCUUAUACGGAGGUGUUGCAGGAAGCAUCAUGGCCAUAGCCUGGUUCGUGUUCACGCAGGAGAUCCUAACUCCUUUGUUCCCAAGGAUAGCUGCAUGGCCAGCUUCAGAGUUCUUUUUAAUCAGGGAUACCAGCCUCAUUCCCAACAUCCUGUGGUUUGAAUACACAGUCACCAGAGCAGAGGCAAGAAACAGACAGCGCAAGCUAGGUACGAAGCUCCAGUGACUCAAGACAUGGGAACAGAAUGCAGGAAUUAAUGGAGAAGGAGAAGAGUAGAGACCUGUACAGACCUGGAAGCAGCAAGGAGUCUUCACAGAUGGACCAAAGGAACAGGCAGGGACCAUACUCAAAGCCUGGAGGCCUUUGCUCUGGCUUUUGCAGCUAGCUGGAUGCUCCCUGAUGCAUGUGGGACCGUGAAGGAGCAGAACCUCAUUUAUAACACAAAUGCACAUUGCCAGUUGGAAUGUACCAUCAUGUCUGAGUUGCGGGAAGGGGGAGAAAAUACCUGAUGGCUUGUUUGGGGGAGGGAGAACCAAAAAAAAAAAAUCAUUUGUGACAUUUUUUUGCAGCAUGAAAUAUACACACUAUUUAUUUAUUUUUUUUAAUUGAACUAUUAUUUUUGGGGUGGAUGAUGCAUUGAUUGUGUAUUUGGAAGAAGACAAAACCAAAAUUAGGUCUUGCCUAAUUUAGGGGUUUGAAUUUGUGGGGGAUGUAGGGUGACUUAGGCAGGAGGGGAAGUGUUAUUUCUUUCCUUUCUGCAACAGUUGGGAGAGCAAAAUCAAUUCCUGCUGCACUUUGUAAGGAUAUAAAGAAACUACUAAAGAUUUGCUUUUAAACACUAGUGACAUUCCUGUGCGCAAGCCUUCACGGAUACCACUGAGGGGGAGGAAGGGGUUAAAACACAGAGGAAAACCUAAAAUCUACUUUUUUUUUUUUUCCCCCACUGCUGCUCCUGUUGUGUAUUUAGCCAGGUGGUUUUACCCGGGCCCUCUUCUUUUUCGGUGUCAGUAACUUGAUAUACACAUUACAACUAUCCCUCCACUCCCUCCUCCUUUUGUACUUUUAUGAUCCCAGAGCUGCUGGGACCUCUACAGUUUCUGUUGCUGAACUUAAGCCAGACUCUGUUAUUGAUUAAGGACACCACUAUUAAGUUGAAAUAACUGCUAGUUAAGGCACAACCUCAUGCUUUUAAGGAUUACCCCAAAGUCAUUUUUAAAAAAAGCUUUUACUGAUAUUAAAAGUUUAUAUGAUCAGUCUCUGCCCUAAACCCUCUUUCUGAUAAUGAAUCUUCCCAUUGAGCUUUUCAGCCAUCAGUAAACUUUUUAUUUUUAUAAAAAGUUGAUGAGUGCUGAUGCCUGGCUUUAGCACUGCAUGAAUUACUUUUGGACAGCCCAGUUAGAUUCAAACACAGGUUACUGCUGAAACGAGGCAGUACGUUUUAACCCUGGCAAACAUUUCCAUGGGUCAUGCUGAUUUGUUUUGGAUUCUGCAGUAGUCAAGACUAUUGCUAAAGUCUGCAGCUGCUCCCUGGAAUGCAUAACUCCUAAGGGAUCUUGCCCUUAUACUGUAAGGACUUUAAUUUCUCCUUCCUUUUUCAUUUUGACUGUUUUUUCAAGUGAUGAACUUCCUUAGUGUGGAGUUCUGGACAGUAAGUUCUGCUGCUAGAUGCUUGGGUACCAUUUCCCUGUGAUAGGAUAUCUGACAGCCUCUUCAACCCUGCCAGUACUUGGAUCCUCUGCAAUAGGCUGAUAAAUAUUUUAAGAAGACUAUAUUAACAGUGAGUCAGCAGUGCAUCCUGAAUGUACUUCAUGGCUGUGCAAAGACUGUUCCAUUGCACUUUUUAGCCUGUAAUCAAGACAUUACAAUGAAGUUCAGCAACAAGGUGGAGAGAUUCACGGUACAAUUGGCUUGAAGUUUUAUAACAGGGAAGGCCAGAGCAAGUACAGCUACCAAGCUGUGUCAAAGAGGAGGACAUUAGCAUCUGUCUGAUACCAUCACCUGUACAGAGGGAUAGUGACUAUGCAUACCCAUCUAUGUCUUAUUGCAUGUUUUACUAGCUUCCAUUAAAAAAGCUACUGAGGCUUCACAGAAAACUCAUUGGUAUGUACUGAUGCAAGAUGUGAUUUUGCUCAUAUCUGAUCAUCUCUGUAUUUUUCUGCCACCUUAAUUUGAAAACAGCAUUUUAAAGAUUUCAUCUACUCCUCUUGCCAUGAUAUAUGUGUGUGUGAGUGUGAAUGUUAUGAAUUGGUUGCUAUAGAACCUGGUCUAUCUCAAUCCCAGAAUUUGGCCCAGGAAGAGUGUCCUUUUAAUGUGAUUAAGAAUGAAAACCUUUUAACACAUACUUGUUCUAAACUGAAUAUCUUUCUCUGUAGCAGCAGGUUUUAUUUUUUUUAAACUAAGGAUUAGGGGAAUUUUAGUCUAUUACAAUAAAUUUCUCUAACUGAGCACUCAUUGGAGUGAUCUAAUAUGAAUUCUCCACACUGAGAUUUCUAGUGCAUUUGCACAUAAAACAAUAGCACUCUCUUAUUUCUCAUAAAAGCACUUUGGUUGGGCUAAUCUCCCUCUCUUUUUGAGCUGUGGGCUGUGACUUUAAUAGGCAUUAGCUCAGGCCCAUAACCAUUUCAUUAAAAUAGGCCGCAGGGAGGUGAGAGAGAGGGGAAAGGAAGUGCAAGGAUCUAAGUUAGCUAGAUAAUAGGGUAGUGUACCAGCAUGGAAUGCAGUACUAAUUGGUUCUUUAUCUUCUAACCACCAAGUAAAUAAGAUUUACCACCAUUCUUCUCCCUCACUUUUUUUUUUUUUAAAGUGGUGUGGGGGGGGGGGCGGGCAGUUGAGUCAUUUUCCCAAAGAUGAGGCAAAAAAUGUAAAUUGCUUCAAAUUUAAUUAACACAUCCCUCAGCUCUUCCAGAGAGCCUGUCAUCCUAGAGAAGUGGAAAAGUCACCUUAAAAACUACGUUUACUUUAUUUUCUAAUGAUUAACAUACUGUGUGGCUAUGGCAGUGUUUGUCUACAGUGCAUUAAACCCUACAACUUCAUAGAACCAUCAAGCCAGUGCUCUGCAACCUGCGAUUAGGGAGAGAGCCGUAUACUUCUCUAGCACAGUUCCUGCCAUCUGCUUUCUCUGGCUAUUUAUACUAUGGCUGUUAUGGCACCAUAGCUGUGGUGCUGCAACUCUAGCAUAGAUUCAGACUACAGCAAGGGAAGGAUUUUUUCUGAUUGCUAUAGGAACUCCACCUAAAUGACUGAUAGGCACAUUCUUCCAUUUUUCUAGCUGCGUCUACAGAAGGUGUUAAGUCACCAUAGCUACGGUUCUCAUUGGUGUGGAUUUUUCAUAGGCCUGUAUGCUGUAGCUAUAUUGAUGUAAGAUUUAAAUGUAGACUGGGUUUCGGUCUGCUUUCUUUUUCCAUCCCUGAGAGCACUGCACAUUGUUUGACAUAGCAGUAAAUGCCUAGAAAGGGCCCUUGUACAUUCUUGGCCAAGUUGAGCAGCCUAGGCGAUAAGAGAAACUUCAGCUAGAAGCUGACAACUUGUCGGUACAUAGCCUCUUGCCUUUAGCUAGGUGGAUUGAAAAGGAGCAAGGAAGAUAGAUGACUGCCCUGAGAGAACUAAUCCUUGCUUUCUAAGUACCUGAUCUCUUGCUCUUCUCCCUUACCAUGGAAGAUGAUAAAUUCCUAUGCGACCUAUUGGUCUGUGACUCUCAAUGAACAUCCUUAGGUAAAGAUCAUCAUCAAACUUACACCUAGGGCAUUUUCUGCAUAGAAUCAACCCUGCUGGCAACAUUUAUACUUUCAUUAUUUAUGUUGGAAGAACAUCACCAAUCCUUGCAGGACACUGAUUACAUUAUCAAAAAAAACAUUUAAUGCAUUUAACUGGCAGAGCAUGCAAAAUCACUGGCUGUGCUAUCAACCACACCUCUGCUCCAAGAGUUUAGUUGUACAUUAUAAAUCUACAUAUUUCCCUAAUUAUUCAGUAAAUCAGUAGUUUCUUCAUAACUUUUACAUAGCCUUUAAGAUCAUGGACACUUCUUGGGCAAGUGACCAGCUAAUAAAGAGUAAACAAACAAAUCUGGCACUCACAAUAACCGGUCACAGCAAGAGAAAAAACACUUUUAAAAGAGAAAACCCUGUAAACAGUUGUAAUGUAAUAUAGCAGCUCCCCUGUUAAUUCUGAAGAGAGAAUGCACAAGCUGGAUCUUUUGUGUUUCCCUAUGUAUGGCACGUAAAGACCUCAGCUCCACAGCUGGAGAAAUGCCACUGAAGCCAAUGCAAUCUCCAGCUUUAGAUCUGACUUAAGAAUAAAAUCAGACCCAUCCCCUGUGUUUUCCAUUAUUAGCAGAGUGCACUUCCAUCUCAUCCUUUUCAGUGGGCACUCGCCUUUGAAUGAUUGUCUCUCUUAUUGAAGGGGGGAAAGAGAGAAUUCUUAGUUUCUCAAAUUAGCCUUGUAAUAAGAAGACAUGCCAAUAUGUAGCGAUACCGUGGUUGAAGGCACUUGGUCUUUGGCCCCCUGGCCACAGACCACAGUAGGGUAACCUCAGUUAUCAGCAGGCAUUAUAUUGACUUAUUACAUACAGGGAGGG